AAUGGGAUUUGGUGCAAUGUCUAUAAGAUUAGAUGGACAUUAACAAGAUUUAUCAGUUCCUAAUUCUCUAAAUGAGAAUUCUGGACAAGAAAUACAUUAAUUGACAUCAACUUAUGUACAAUCUGCACAACGAUAUGAACAUUCUGAUAAAAGGUAUAUAGUUAACAAUUACUUUCACACAAAGCUUAAGUGCCAUUAUAAUCAGAUGUACCUUAUUUGCAUGGACAUGUAUUUCCUAAGAUUGUCCGAUUAAGAUCAGCUGAACAAGUAAUACAAUUAUCUGCAUUCUUAUCAUAACAAUUUUAACAAGUGAAAUGACAUUAAGAACAUUAUAAUUAUCCAACUUCAUAAUAUCCAGUUGGACAUUCGCAUUUAGAAAAUACGAAUUAUCUAUAAGUUAAAUCACAAGUUAAACAAUUAGUUUAAUCAUAUCCAUUACAAGUCUU